AUGGCCUAUAUCAUGCACGCUCGGAAUUGGUCGUUGACUGUACUGGUCUUCUUCGCAUCAGUCUGUCAAUCAUUUUACAUUCCCGGGUAUUCGGUAACUAGUUAUCAAGACAAGGAGCCGAUCCCGCUGCUAGUGAACAAGGUGUUCUCCGACCACACUCAAUUACAAUAUGCCUACUUUGACCUUCCUUUCGUCUGCCCGCCCACCGGCCAGACCCACGGCGGUUCUGCAUUCGGGUCGGGACACAGUAUCUCUUUGAAUCUCGGCGAGAUCCUCCGCGGCGAUCGAAUCAUGACUUCGGACUUUGAGCUGGUAAUGGGGCAGGAUGUUGGUUGCCGCACCCUAUGUUCGCAGGAGGUCGAUCGCAAGGGUGUGAAAUGGGGCCGCGAACUUAUUAAAGAUGGAUACGUGGUGGAGUGGAUUGUCGACAAUCUUCCUGCAGCAACCAGUUUCGUCACCGUCGACCGCAGCCGCAAGUACUAUUCGAGCGGGUUCAAGUUGGGCUACCUGGACUACUUCCCUGCCGAUGGGUCAUCUCGUUAUUAUAUCCACAACCAUUUCAACAUCAUAAUUCGCUGGAGGAAAGCUUCAGGAAGAGCGGGAGACCAGGGAAAGCGUGUCAUUGUCGGGUUUGAGGUCUACCCAAAGAGUAUUGGACCUGAUGAUCGGGACGAGGAAGGUUGCCCCAACAAUGUGCAUGAAGAUCAUUCACAUUUGGAGCUGUUCAUCAAACCAAAUAAUACACAGUUGGAGCAGAUGUACAGCGACUCUUCGUACAUUCCGCAGCGAGGCGACGAUGCAGAGGACGGCGCAACACUGGAUAUUCCCUACACCUACUCCGUCUACUUCCGGGAAGAGAAUUCGGUAGAGUGGUCGAAUAGAUGGGACUUGUUUUUCACAGACCAGGUUGACAGCUCGAUGACGCAUUGGCUCGCAAUCGUCAAUUCUUUGACCAUCUCGGGACUUCUGGGCGUUACUGUUAUUGUCAUUUGGAGCCGAACCAUACAGGGCGAUAUUAAGGGCCGUGGAGACGGAAUCCUGGAGGAAGGAAAGACCAAGCCCCGUUCAAAGAAGCCGAGUGAGACCAGAGAGAAGUCUUCUGGCGAAGGACUUCUUGAGCAACCGACGGAUGGACAUGCUGAGGCAGAUUCCCCAUCUGAUGACGAAUUGGAGGAUGUUGCGGGAUGGAAACUGGUUCACGCAGACGUCUUCCGCUUGCCAGCGCAUAGCGGAUUUCUGGCGCCUCUGGUAGGAUCUGGAACGCAGUUGAUCUUCGUGGCAGCGGGUCUUCUUGUCCUCAGCUCUAUAGGUAUCUUGAAUCCUAGCUUUCGAGGGGGCUUUGUCACAGUUGGCGUCGGUCUUUUUGUAUUUGCCGGCCUCUUCUCUGGUUAUUUUUCCGGGCGACUCUACAAGACACUUGGAGGGCAGCAUUGGAAGAAGAACACAAUCUUGACUGCAUCGUUGUUCCCCGGGCUGACGUUUUGCCUGGUUUUGUUUUUGAACUUGUUUGUGUGGACUCAGGCAUCUAGCACCGCACUGCCUUUCGGAACACUAGUAGGACUUGUCGCCCUGUGGCUUCUGGUGCAGGUUCCAUUGGUAUACGCGGGCAGUUGGUUUGGCUUCGUGCGUGCUGAGCCUUGGCAACACCCGACCAAGACGGCUUCAAUCGCCCGACAGAUCCCAGCACAGCCAUGGUACCUGCGUGGCGUCAACGGGAUUCUUCUGAGUGGACUGAUUCCAUUUGCCGUGCUCUUUAUCGAGCUCUUGUUUGUGUUCAAGAACCUGUGGCAGGACAAGAGUGGAUAUUACUAUGUGUUUGGGUUCUUGAGCGUGGUCAGCACUAUUUUGAUAGUCACUGUCAGCGAGGUGACUAUCAUUGCAACCUACAGCCAGCUUUGCGCGGAGAACUACCACUGGUGGUGGCGGAGCUUCCUAACGGGGGGCAGUAGUUCCGUCUGGAUUUUUGCGUACUGCAUCUGGUACUACAUGUACAAACUGCACAUCACAGGCUUUGUUUCCAGCCUGCUCUUCUUUAGUUACAGCUUCCUUGCAUGCGCCGUAUACGCGCUUCUCACGGGGACCGUUGGAUUCUUGACGGCGUAUGCGUUUAUCCGAAGAAUCUACAGCGCUGUCAAGAUUGAUUAA